UCAAGAGUCCGGAUCUGAAAGCGCCAUCGAAAGUCUCGUGAAUUCCCAGAUCCAUCCUAACUGAGAUGCAAGGGUGAAGUCUCCGGGUCUGCCAUGGAAUGUCGGCUGUCAGGGUAUGCUCUCCUUAGAAUAUAUAUAUAUAUAUAUAUAUAUAUAUAUAUAUUUAUAAAAAAAGAAGAAAAAGAAAAGAAAUCAUCAUCACGCAAACGAAGAUCCCAAGGCUCUCAAUACAACACCGCACUUUGUCCCUACAACCUUCCUUUCUCAAAAAGUCCAAACAACUGGUGGAAAUGGGAUUACGGCUUCGACGGGUUGUUGAUGAAUGGUUGGAAUUACCGGUACAUGUGCAAAUUAGCCCCAAGACGGCUAUCGGUACCGGUGCUCGGUGACUCUACCGAUAGCCGUCGUGCAAUAUGCUGGCGGGGGAUGAAAUCCCGAGGUAAACAACGAACGUAUUGGAAUCCAUCUCCCUCCAUGAAUAAAGUUGUUGUGUGUCUCUCUCUAUCAUCAAACUUCGUGAGAUAUUCUGGGUUGGCGAAUUACGAUUUCAUCACUUGGGCAGCAAACAUACCUUUAUCUGUUUUCCCAGCAUGUAAGUCAUCCUAAGUGUCCUUGAGGAGAAGUCUCAAAUAAAUAGAUCCCCCUCCGUCGCGGGUCUUUUUGGGUUCUGUCCUUAUUGACAUAGUCGCCGAUGGAUGUCUGCCGUC